AUGGUCGUAUGGAUUCAGUUCCCAGUGUUCCCAGUGCACUUCUAUCAUAAGGAAAUUCUUUUCACCUUGGGAAACAUGGUAGGCAGGGCUAUUAAACUCGACUUUCAUACUCAACAUCAACAGCGAGCUAAGUUCGCCCGGAUGGCGGUGGAACUCGAUCUCUCAAAACCGCUGGUCACACGAAUUCGUCUGGACGGGAAGUGGCAAUACAUUGAAUAUGAGAAUCUGCCAGAUUGCUGUUUUGAGUGCGGAAAGAUUGGGCACACGACGAUGUCCUGCCCGACCUUGGCGGCUAAGCCGCAGCUGCUGACCGGCGAAGCGAACUCGGGUUCAUCGGAAGCCUGGCCGGAGAAGGCGUCGGAGGAGAAACAAGGUUUCGGCCCAUGGAUGCAAGUUACACGAAAAUCUCGGCGAGGGAAUCGGAAUGGAGAAAAAGGAAACUUGAACGCUAUUAUUGGGGAUACGCCUGGGAUUGGGAAAGCCGGAAGAGGAAAGAAUUGUUCGCAAGAAUUGGAAAGCCACAACGGGCUGAAAGGGGGACAAAAGGAAGUACCAAAUCAGCGAGCUGAGAUGGCGCGGGUGAAAACAAAUGAGAAAGGUAAGUCGGUUGGAAAUGGGAACCGAAAGGGUAAGGAGAAAUUGGGAAAGGAAGUGGUGGAGCAGGCCAAUGGUGGUAAAGGAGUCCUUGGGCCAAUUCCUUCUUCUAAGGCUAUACCAUCUUUGGGGGCCACUGUCACGCGGGCCAAGGAAGUUGGGGCAGACUCCUUUGUCACUGGACCUAAGUCAGUUGGAGCCCCAUCUUCGUCUAAAAGCUCCAACAAAGUGACGCUCCCCCCGCCAACACCCGUCCAUGUGGUAUCGGGCCAAAUUCCACGACAAUUCAAGUUGUUGUUGUCCCGUCCCUCGAUCAUCAGAGGUCCUCGAACACCAAAAAUGAGACCCCGUCGGCGACGACACGCAUGA